AUACCCUAAAACAACCUUGAUUGUGUCCAUCUAACGGCUACACUCUUUCCCGCCAUCUCAAUGUCCAAAAAGCUAACUGAAACCCUCAUCCACAACUACCUUCAUUCCCUCCAGCACCAUGCAACCACCACCUCACUGUCCCUCCCUUCCCUUCUUAAGUCCCUCUCCUCCUCCCCUUCUUCCCUUCCCCUUGUCCUCCAGCUCCACUCCUCCAUCCUCAAAUCCGGCCUCUCCUCUGACCCCAUCACCAUGAACUCUCUCCUCUCCACCUACUCUAGGUUUUCUUGUUUUCAAUCUGCACGACAGGUAUUCGACACAAUGCCUCUGAGAGAUGUAGUCUCUUGGAACUCCAUGAUUAAUUGUUAUGCCACCAAUUUGUGUUUAUCUGAAUCUGUGGAUUUGUUUAGGAAGAUGCAGUUUUCGGGUUAUGUCACUAAGCCUGAGUUGGUUGCGUCGGUGCUCUCUGUUUGUGCUCGGUUUAAGGACUUGAGGUAUGGGAGAGAGAUUCAUGGUCAUGCUAUUCGUAAUGCAGGUUUCGAAUCGGGUGUUCUCUUGCUGACGGCUUUAGUUGAUAUGUAUUCAAAAUGUGGCGAUCUUGAUUCGGCCUUGAGUGUGUUUGGAUUGAUGUCGGAGAGAAAUGAGGUUUCUUGGACUGCAAUGAUCACGGGUUGUGUUGUGGGUGGAGAUCAUAGCUUGUCAUUUGAGUUAUUCAGAGGGAUGGUUGGAGAAGGAGUGAAGCCGAAUCGGGUAACAUUAAUUUCAGUUUUGCGGGCUUGUGGUGAAUUUGGGGCUUUGCGAUGUGGGAAAGAAGUUCAUGGUUAUGUUCUUCGGCAUGAUUUUGAUUUGGAACCUCGAGUUAUUGCAGCACUCAUAGACAUGUAUUGUAAAUUUAAGCAAGCAUUUCACCUUGCUCUGUUUGUCUUUGAACAAGAUCAAUUUAAGGAUGUUGUCACAUGGAGCUUGAUGAUGAUGAAUUCCACCAGGCAUGGAGACAAUUUCAGAACCAUGGAGCUUUUCAACAGGAUGAAGAUAGAUGGUGUCAAGCCAAAUUCUGUAACUAUGCUGGCUAUUCUUUUGGCCUGUGCUGGGUUACCAUCAAUGGAUCAUGGGCGAGGAGUACACUGCUCUAUUCUAAAGUCUGGCCUUCUUUCAGAUGUUUUCAUCGGGAAUUCUCUUAUAGAUAUGUAUGCCAAAUGUGGAUGCUUAGCCUCGGCUGUUCAAACCUUUUAUGAGAUGCCUAUAAAGGACUCAGUGUCCUACACCUGUAUGAUCUCAGGCUAUGGCAUUCAUGGCCAUGGCUACGAGGCCUUGAGAUUGUUUUAUGAGAUGGAGAAAGGAGGGAUAAGGCAAGACAGUAUUACAUUUCUCACAAUUUUAUCAGCGUGCAAUCGAUCUGGCCUCAUCGACAAGGCAGAUGAAAUCUUCUGCAAGAUGAAAGAGCUCAAUGGUGAUACCAGUCCAUUACCGGAACAUUAUGCAUGCUAUGUUGAUCUUCUUGGGAGGUCUGGCAUGGUAGAAGAUGCAUAUAAUGUUAUCAGGACUAUGAGUAGUAGACCAAGCCCCAAGCUUUUGAGCUCACUGGUUCUCGCCUGUAGGAUUAGUGGCAAGUUUGAGUUGGCCGAGAGCUUGGCUCUUCAGCUUUUAGUUUUAGAGCCAGAGAAUGCUGCAAACUACAUGCUGUUAUCUAUGAUACAUGCAGAGACUGGUAAUUGGAUUGGAAAAGAGAGAGUACUGGGAAUGAUGAGGGAUAGAGGACUGGUGAAGACCUCAGGAUCAAGUCAAUUAGAGCUUUAAUUAAAGAAGCCUUUUGAUGUUUUUCAGGAAGAAGCAGGAGCAGCCUCUGAGUCAGAGAAGUCCCAAGCAUCAGAAGAUGACGAAGAGAUCGGCCGAGGCACUCCGAGAAGCGACUCC